AUGCAAGCCUUUCUAUAUGCCUCCUCGCCCCCACGACCUCCAUGCACCUUUCACCGCGUCAGCAUGAGCAAACCAGCGAGUUCAACGACUUUGUUGGACUCUAGUACAGCCAACUAUGGAUCCAUACGUGCUGCAGAGCCAACCGACAUCGACGAAAACGCAGGCCAUGCUCCCAGACACACUGGCCUUCAGCGUGGUCUCUCUGCGCGUCAAGUGCAGAUGAUUGCCAUUGCUGGAACGAUAGGGACUGGUCUCUUCCUUGGGACAGGCCGCUCUCUAGCACAGGGUGGACCCGCGAGCAUGCUCAUCUGCUACAGCAUUGUCGGUUUUAUCGUCUAUAUCACCCUGCUCCUCCUCGGCGAAAUGGCGACACAGUACCCUGUCGCAGGGUCUUUCAAUGCGUAUACGACUCGCUUUUUCUCGCCCUCAUAUGGAUUUGCUCUGGCGUGGAACUACUGGUUCAACGAUGCCGUCUCUGUCGCGUCUGACCUUACCGCCGCCCAAAUCGUGCUCCAGUUCUGGGACGUCGAGAAUGCUUGGAUAGUCAGCCUUGUAUUUUGGCUUUUCCUAGUCGGAGUAAAUGCUCUCCAUGUGGGAGGUUAUGGUGAACUAGAAUAUUGGCUUUCGUCCCUCAAAGUCUUCACAGUCGUUCUAUUCAUAAUUCUUGGGACUCUUGUCAACUUGGGUGUCAACACGGAACACAGAUUUAUCGGCCUCGCUAAUUGGAAGAUACCCGGCGCACCGUUUGCAGGAGGCUUUGGAGGCUUCGCGAGGGUUUUCGUUACCGCAAGCUUUGCUUUUGGAGGCACUGAGAGUCUCGGCAUCACAGCAGGAGAGACGAAGAACCCGUCAAAGAACAUGCCUAGAGUGGUUAAUCUAGUUUUCUGGAGGAUCAUGAUUUUCUAUAUAUUCACCAUCUUAUUCAUUGGGCUCAAUGUCCCAUGGGACUAUCCAAACCUAUCAAAUAGGAGUACAACGACAUCGCCUUUUACCAUUGUGUUUAAACAAGCCGGCUCAACCGCGGCUGCCUCCUUCAUGAACAGCGUGAUCCUGACAUCCGUCCUUUCCGCCGGCAACCACGCCUUGUUUGCGGGGACGAGAGUCCUUUACGGAUUGUCUGUGACUAAUCCUCCUCAAGCGCCGAAGAUAUUUGCUUGGACCACGUCGGUAGGGACGCCGAUACCCGCGCUCCUCAUGACCAGCAGCGUGAGCGCCCUAUGUUUUGGGACGAGCUUUAUCGGGACUGGGGAGCUCUGGGGAUGGUUACAGAACAUUGUUGGUGUUUCGAACCAGAUUGCCUGGCUUUCAAUUGGCCUGUCCAGUUGGCGGUUCCGCAGAGCAUGGAUCAAGCAAGGGCGGUCCUUGACGGAACUUAAAUAUCGGGCGUCCUGGACCUGGCCUUGGGGACCGCCGUUCGUGGUUCUUGCAGUUUCUACUCUCAUCCUGAUACAAGGAUGGUCCUCUGUAAUCCCAAGAUUCUCGCCGUCCGACUUUAUUUCGUUCUACAUUGAGGUUCCCGUCAUGGGCAUUAUGUUGCUUGGCUGGAUUCUGCUUCGGAAUGCAGCUACACCAGUACCUCCGGGAUCAUCUACAGAACCUCUCCUAUCCGACCCAAGUAUACCUGCGGCACCCACGAAGAAGACCACACGUUACCUAGACCUUGUGGAUGUGGGCACCGUAGACCUAUAUAGAGAUGAAUACCAUGAAGAGGGACAAGAGGACGAAGCGAGCGAGGAUGAAAUCACUAGACGACUGAGUGGGAAGAAGAGGCUAUUUUGGUCCUUGUAUUAUUGGCUAAUAUAA